AUGUCGCUCUUUCAUGUCCUGGCCCUUCUGGUGGCCAAUGUCUGUCUGGUGACCGCUCAGACGUUCAGUAACUGCAACCCUCUCAAUAAAACAUGUCCCGCCGACCAAGCUUUGGGUACCAAUCACACUUGGUAUUUCAACAGCACUAUCGAUGACACGAUCUGGAAUGUCACCAACGGCGAAAUCACCUAUACCGAUGAAGGUAUCAACUUCACAAUCGCCAAGAAGAUGCAAUCCCCUACCAUGCAAUCGAAUUUCUACAUCUUUUUUGGCAUCGUCGAGUCCCAUGUCAAGAUGGCCAAGGGUGGAGGUAUCGUGAGCAGUAUCGUGCUCCAGUCGGACGAUCUGGACGAGAUCGAUUGGGAGUGGGUGGGAUACAAUACCAGUGAGGUGCAGUCCAACUACUUCGGCAAGGGCAACGACACGUCCUUUGGUCGUGGUGGUUUCCACUACGUCCCCAACGCCGACACGGAAUUCCACAACUACACCACUCACUGGACCAGUGACAAAUUGGAAUGGUGGAUCGAUCAGCAGUUGGUCCGCACGCUGAACUACGAGGAUGCCGUGGGUGGCAAGAACUUCCCCCAAACACCCAGCAACAUCCGCUUCGGAAUCUGGCCUGCCGGUGACCCAAGUCAACCCAAGGGAACCAUCGAAUGGGCGGGUGGUGAGGUUGAUUAUGAUGCGGGUCCGUAUAACAUGGUAGUCCAGAAGGUUCGCGUCCAUGACUUCCAUACCGGCAAGGAGUAUGAAUACACGGAUCAUUCCGGCUCAUGGGACACCAUCAAGGUCGUUGAGGGCAACUCGACCACUGUCAAGGAGCUCAACAAGGCCCCCCCGAAAUCACUAUCAGAGAAAUGGAACGACCUACCAAGCGGCGCCAAGAUCGGCAUCGCUUGUGCUAUUGCAGCCGUGUUAGCCAUCGCUCUCGCUGGGUUCAUCUUCUUCUGCUUGCGGCAACGCAGGACGGGGCGUCUCGAACACGCCCUGGAUGACGCCAGGUGGAACAAUGAACGGACGGAGAUGAACAACUACCAGUCCGAGUGGAAGCAAAGUGAAUGGAGACAUAGGGGAUACCAACCGGUUAAAUAG